AUGGAUACCACCGACUCCGCGGCGAAAGUGUCCCUGCGAAGCCCUGGAGAGCCGGAGCAGACGGUGCUGGAAGGGCAACGGUCCGGUAUCGUUAGCGAGCUGACAGCGGUGUCGGCGGUCGUCGAAGCGGCCGCAUCCUCCAAGUCCACCAACGACAGUGACACCUUCGCCGGGAACCUGCAGGCCACGGUUCAGGAGAAAGCGGCCCCAGUGCAGAAACGGCUCUCCGAGGAGGAAGAGGAACUAGUGGAAGAAGAGGUUGAAGAGGAAGUGGAAGAAGAAGAAGAUGAGGAGGAGGAAGAGUCGGACGAAGAGUCUCCACCGGCAAAACCCGUGGUGGCCGCCAGUGAAACGCACGAACCGAAGCCUGCCACCGAGAAGGAAGAGCAAUCGCCAGCCGCAGCGAUCGAAACGAAACCAGCCACGGUCGCGUCCGAGGAUAGUCCUGCCACAGUAACAUCCGGGGAGGCAACGCCCGGGGACGUGGGCUCCCCAGCAGCAUCGACGACAACGGAUUCCAAAGACCAUGGCGAGAAACCGUCGGUGCCGCCGCAGACUUACCUCUGGGAGGAGGUCAAGAAGUCCAAGGAACAGGGAGGCUACCCGUGGACGCAUCUGUACAAGGACGAGAUUGAGAGUGGAAAGGAGCAGGAAGAACAGCAGCAGGAAAAGAAGCUGGACCAGAACGGUCACCAUGUCGAUGGGACAACCGGUAAUGAUUCCGUUGCCAUCGAAGUCUCGGUAGUGGGCUCCAAUGGACACUGCGCAGAACAACCGGCAGCCAGUGGUACAGAUGAGGCCCCCACCAGCGAUUCGCCUCGUCGAAGCCGGAAGCGGGCCGCUUCACAUGAACCCGAAACAUCCCGUCCCGAGGGACGCCACUCGGUGAAGGACGAAAUCAAACACUUCCUCGACGAGCAUCCGGCGCUGCGGAACUUUAGCAACAGCCUCACCCGGAAGGGUAAGCGGACCCGAACGUUCGUGAGCCGAUCGCUCGAGCGCGCCAAGUCGAUGGCCGAUCGGAGUAUCGAUCGUGCGCGGGUCCAAGUCACGAACACGCUCCGCCGGAAGAAGGCCUCUUCGGAACCGCGUGAUUGUUCCCGGCAGAAGAUCCUUAACCUGCGCGAGUCACCACGGCUCAACAACCGCGAAAUUCCGGCCUACAUCGUGCGGCAACCGAGUGACGAAGUGGUCGACCGGGAGGAAACGAUCGUGAAGGUAACGGUCGAACCGGACGUGCCGAGUAUGGUCGUGGUGCCGGAUGAAAUCAUUCCGAUUCCGUCGCCAUCGGCCACCGAACCGAUGGAAGUCACGGAGUCGGAGCCGGUGAUGGUUGUGGAAGUGGUCGCACCAACCACGGCCGUACCUCCACCGGUGGAGGACGAUCGGUAUGAAGUGAUCGAAGCACCGACGGAAACCCCCAGCAAGGUGGUUCCGGUUCCGGAGUCACCGAUCGUGCCCGUAAAGGCGUUGGCACCACAGAAAGCUCCCCGAAAGAAGAAGGAACACCACUACGAGGAUAUCGAGGACUACAAGCCAUCGGAGGAGGAAGUGGACACGGCGCCGGCGGAUUCGAAGCUGAAGCGUCAAGAGCACAUCCAGGAAGGUUUGGAUCCGAUUCUCGGCGAGAUGCUGGGAAACGAGAAGAUCAAAAUAUCGCUCCAGCUGCAGGACGAGAAGUUCGUCGACGACAUGUUCGGCCGCAGGAAGCACCUCGACGAGAUCCUGCAGCAGUCAUCGGAGGACGAGCGCGAACCGGUUAAGGGACCGAUCGGCAGCAAAGGACUACUGGCGCCGAUUUCGUCCGUCGACUCGACGUCCUCAGACGAGGAAGCUCGGCGAACCGCGCUGUCAACGUUGGCCGAAGAAAGUGACACCGGCAGCGUCGAUGGUGGACCUUCGCCCGCCAAGAAGCAGGACUCGCUGAAGGAAACUCCCGAUCUACCGACGGUGGCCGAGUGCAGCAAGGAGCUGGAGUUGACACCAGCCGAAGAGCACCUUCUGGCGGAGCGGGAACAACAGCAGUCGAAGCCAGAGCCACCGUCGGCCGACUCCGCAGAGGCGCAGACUUCGGUGACUACCGAAACGGACCAAUCGAAGAACGAACCGCGGGAGGUCGCGCGUGAAGUACCGCAGGGGUCCGUAACGGACAUCAGGACGCUCAAGGGGGGCAUCUCUUGCGUCAACAUGCUUUUAGCAUAG